UCAUCUUAUCUCGUUGUGAUGGCGCUUGGCGGGGCUGUUCGCGUCGCAUUCGCAACGAGCCGGGCGCAUCCUAGCUUCGACUUCGCGUUGGAGCAGAGCACAGCAGAGCACAUAGUGAUGGGUCCACCGUCUUUGUCGAGAAGGCACGCGGCAUACAUAUAAGCCGGGGCACCUGCUCGCUGUUGGCAGUGCACAACGAACGGCCUUUGUAGGUGGCAGACCGAGACCCCCGAAUUCACCGCACAAGCGUGACGCAACCAUCUCCGAAGCAUCGCAGCUGGUAACUCGCGCGAAUGCCGUCUACCAAAGUACCCAAGGUUGUCCCUGCACAUCUGUCCUUUCUGGCCAUUUACAAUCCGUCGCUCAGCAGCUCAGACGAGACAUUCCACCAGCAGAUUGUGUUCUACUACACGAAAGCUGCCAGAUCCCCCAAGACCAAGAAUGCGAAUCCUCAGGCAGAGCAGGAGCUGCGCGACGAGGAGAACGAGAAACUGCGCCAGGUCGGACUAGCCCAGGGCAUGGUUGGCUUUGCCCGGAGCUUCUCCUCUGGCGAGCCAGUCGACUCGAUAGAAACGCACAAAUCGCGCAUCAUACUGUACGAGUUGGAACAGGGUUGGUGGGUACUUGCUUCCAUCAGCCUCACCCAACUGCCGGCUGCGAACAGUGCCUCCAAACCCGACUCGGGAAACGCAGCGUCAACCGUUGAAUACUCGUCGCGGGAAGUCAGCCCACCUGCACUCCUGAUACAACAACUCAUUCGCACCCACACCAUCUUCCUGCUGCACCAUGGUGCAACGCUGCAGGAUCUCUUCUCCAAGCAUGGCCGUGUCAAGUUCUGCAACAUCUUGGACAAGUACUGGUCACGGUUUGCAACCACCUGGGACGUGCUCCUCCACGGCAGCCCUGCUGUCGAAAUGUACGGUGGCAUGAAGUUGGCGGCAGGCGGCGAGCUGGGAAUGGGCGUCGGUGAAGAAGAGUGGGGCAGCGGCGAGCGUGAUGUCUUGGAGGACUUCGCCCGUCGGACAGAAGGCCUUGUCGAUAUCAUGGUCUCCCGUUUUGGCGAGGCAUCGCCUCUGCAACAAGCCAUAUCGUCCACGAACCUGGAUACACCUGACGUAUCUGAGAUGGAACCCUGGAUCGGAAGUGGGAAGAAUGCCAGUGCGGCAGAUGGAGUCGUCUUCUCUGGCCUCGGGGCACUCAGUAGAAAAUCACUACGAGAUGUAUCACACUGGGUAGAAUCCAUCUACUGCUAUGGCGAUCAGGCGUAUGGAGUACGAGACAAUCCAACGUCUGAUCGCAGAAAAUGGCGAAGAAGGAAUCUGAGAUCAGUUACGGAAGAUUCGCUCCCAGAAACUCCUCCGCCUACCCAGAGCAUCGAGUCCCGAACUACACAUUCCCAUGCAGACUCGGAUUUGCCCAUUGGUAUUCCGCCUCCUAUUGUCAAGGCCGUCGAAAACUCGCUGGACAAAGCUGUGGUUGCAGUCGAUACUGCAAAGAAGAGUAGUGAAAACACACCACACCAAAAUCAUGAACCACUUCUGGCAUCUUUGGGUAACACCGAAAUCUGGAUGAAAUACAUGACAUUGGGAUACGGCACAGCGUGGGGCGGUAAGAGGGCGCUGGAAGAUCUUCAGACUGCUGAACAACAGCCUGUGCCUGAAAGGACACCAUCACCAGAAGCCAUGCGUUAUGUCGAGCCAGAACCAGACGUAGACUUGGCUGGAGGAAAGUUGAAACUGCAGAUUCGACAAGAGAACGAUGGGUACUUCCUCAUCGGGCUCAAGGGGGAUAUGGGAGAUGCGAAUACAGACGCUGACGAUGAGGAAGAUUGGGACAAUCGCAUUCUGCUUAGAACUAUGCAUGUUGAUGUUGUCCGCAAAGAGAGUUCAUUGACGACGCCAGGCGUUGAUCCGGAUGUGACCUCGGAAUGGGAAAGGGAAAUGAGUUUUCGAGCUACAGCGAGCAAGAAGCUGUCCCGAUUGCGGCCUAUAGUCUAUGUGCAUCGCCCCUUCAUCUACACGUUCUUGUUCGAUCAACAAGCUACAGCCCUAAGUAUGGCCUCAUUUUAUCGGCAUGUUCACAGGUUCUUCUCCCCUCUUCAUCGUUUACUCGACAAAAACACUUCGCCAGAACGAGUUGCCUUGCGCCUUACAGCUGCUGCAAACCCGUACACAACCGUUUCUUCGACUAGCGGGUCGGAGCUAAACACACAGAUCAUAUACGAUCUAGUCUAUGAUCCCCGUACUCUUACCGUUCACUCCAGUCUUCCAAAUAUUCCGGAUCCUGGUACACUCAUCGCCGAGGGUCUGAGCAGCAAUAGCAUCAACGCAUCGGGCUGGAGUAGGGUGGAAGCGUUAAACGUGCACUCACAGAUCCUAGCUACAGUAGCAGACACACGCCGUAACCUCUGCGAAAUUGAGCGCACAUGCAAGACAAGCCGUGGCUGGUGGGUAGUUUGGAUGCGCUUAGCGCCUUCUCAGGUCAGCGAAGAUGCCGUCACAACGGUCAACUCGAAAGGCUCCUCGCAGGCGUUCAACACCGACGAGCUUCGCGAAGCUUUUCUGGUGAGGCGAGCCCGCGACGCUGUACCCGCUACGGCGAAGAGUUCGGGCAGCAGAUUCGCGAGUGGCAUGUGGGCGGGGAUGGGAAUGGGUGGUAGUGGACAGAGUCAGAGAAUGGGUGGCGCAGCUGCUGGAUGGGGACCGAAAGGACUGGCAGAUGGAAUUGGGAUUGAUGCGCGGAAAUAUGUGGAUGAGUUGUUGAGCUUGAAUAGAUGAGGGCACAUGAAGAGUGAUGAGUUCGUAUACUGGCUUGGAAGCGGUAUCGUUUAGAGUAAUGGAAGGCAAACGAAAUGGUCGGCAUAUUGUCCAGACCACCAAGAGGAACCAUAGCGUGCAGAUAAACUUAUGCUGAGAAGGCCUCAGAAGGCUUCAGAAGGCAUUCAUAACCGUGAGACUGAAGAUGAGUGGUGGGCACUCAGCAAAAUAGGAAGGUUCGCAAGACACAGCUGUAAUCCCUCUCCC